AUGGUUUAUCAUUCCGAAUUUCGCCAUGAUUCUAAUGCUAGAUUUGUUGGUGAUGAUGAUGAUGAUGAUGAUAUCAACAAUGAAGGUGAAUUCGAGGAUAUCGUAAACGAAAAUGAAGGUUUUACCGAGGCAAGUGAAUCAGAAUUGUUUGACAGAAAAGUUAAGUUUGAUGAAAAGGCUUAUGAGUUGUAUAAUAGUUAUGCCUUUAAUCACGGUUUUGAUAUACGUAAGGGUAAGUUGAAUCGUAGAGAAGACAAAGUUACAAUUCGACAACGCUUUUUUGUAUGUUCUUUUGCUGGCUUUAAACAAGAGAAGAAACCUGGCGAAGAACCAAAAGUUUACCAAAAGAGGAAUUUUCGCACAGGUUGCAAGGCUCAUAUUCAAUUUGAUGUUGAUAAGAAUUCUGGUUUGUUUAUCGUGGUCAAUCACAUUAUGGAUCAUAAUCACAGUAAGGUUCCUGUUUCAAAGAGACAUUUGAUUAAGUCUCAUAGGAAGUUAAAGGAACAUUCUAUUUUUGUCAGUAAGGAACAAAUUGCCAUGCUUAGCAGUUUGACUGAGAGUAGUAUACAUGUUGCUGAUACAGUGCGCGUUUUAAAACAUCAAGCUGGUGGUGAGGAAAAUCUUAGUUUUCUUUGUAGGGAUGCAUAUGCUGCUUUAUCUGCCCAUAAGAAAAUGAAGUUUGAUGGAUGUGAUGCAAAGCAACUGCUUAGGUACUUUAAAGAUGGGAAAUGCAAUGAAUAUUAUGAUUUUGAUGUCGAUGAGAAAGAUACUAUUCAGGAAUUUGAGCAUUAUUGGUCAAGCAUGCUGAAUAAGUACAAAUGCGCAGAUAACAAAUGGCUUCAAAAUCUGUAUAAUAUUAGAGAGAUGUGGUGUCCUGCAUAUUCCAAAGAUUAUUUCAGUGAUGGUGUUAUGUCAUCUCUGAGAAGUGAAACCACAAACAAGUCAGUUUCUCGUAGACUUCAUGCUACUCAUGGUCUUUGUGAUUCUACACUACUUUUAUUGAGGUUGUUGAUGAGUGGAGGAGCAAAGAAGGUAGCAAUGAUUAUGAUAGUUUAA